GGAACAGGAAGGGCGGGCAGGGGAGGCCGGCGGCGCUGCUCGGCCUGGGAGCGGCUCCGUGGGCCCCGCUCCCGACACCGCGCUCGGCCUCGGCGCGCACCGGUCCCCCGGAGGACACCGGCCCUGCGCCCUCGGAACGGCCCCAGAGCCGGCCCCGCACCGCCCGAGGGGACCUGUCAGCGCCUGCCCCGUGAGCGGGCAGGAUGGAGCUGGACGAGCUGCUGCUGGACGAGGAGGGCGCCUUUUCCCUCAGCGGGUUCCAGGAGUUCACGUUCCUGCCCAGGCACCAACAGCUGAGCGAGAGAGUGCGGAAGCGGCUCUACUAUGGCUGGGACAAAGACUGCAGCCUGGAUAAUCUCUCCAGCCCCGUGGCAGAUAUUGCUGUGGAGUUGCUGCAGAAAGUGGCUCCCAGUCCUAUCCGCAGACUCCAGAAGAAGUAUGUGUCUCAUGUGUCUCGGGAAGCUUGCAUCUCUCCCUGCUCCAUGAUGUUGGCACUGGUUUACAUUGAAAGACUCCGGCACCGGAACCCCGAAUACCUUCAGCAAAUCUCAUCUUCUGACCUCUUCCUGAUCUCCAUGAUGGUUGCUAGUAAGUACCUGUAUGAUGAGGGUGAGGAGGAGGAGGUGUUUAACGACGAGUGGGGAGCAGCAGGGAAGGUGGACGUCCAGACCAUGAACACACUGGAGAUGAACUUCCUGAGCGCUAUUGACUGGAGUCUCUACACAGACCCUCGGGAGCUGUUUGAAGUGCUGAGCUGGCUGGAAGGACGCGUGGCAGAAAAACAGGGUAUGUGGCGUGGCUGGUUCACCUACACAGAUCUGUGUGUCCUCAUGGAACAGUCCGUGUGGCAGCAUGUGCUGGGCCAGUUCUACCAGCAAGUGGUGAAGCUGGCCUGCCUCCUGGGCGUGGUGUACCUGACGGGCUUUGCUGCCGUCUUUGCCUCCGUCACCGUGGUGCACCGGUCCAUGUGCAUGAGGAGCGUCAGUCCUGCAGCCCCCCAGCCUGCGCUGUUCCCCGAGGAGAGGAGGUACCAGCUGAAUGCCCAGCCAGCCCCAGGCCCUGGCCAGCCCCAGCCCAAGCUGCCUGAUGUCUCCUCAGCCAGCAGCACCCAUUGCCUGGGGGAGAAUGAGACAACUGAGGAGCCACAUCGUGGGAGUGUCACAGCAACUGCGCUCUACCUGUGGAGCAGUGUGAUGACGGCUCUGUCCUACCCAAAGGCACCUGAUCUAGCCCAACAUAGGAGGCUCCCACAAAGUCCUUUCCGGAAAGUACCCACUGCCUGUGAGAGAUCCAACCGUACCACCCCUGCUGCAGCCCCAGGCCAGCCUAGCCCCUUCGGACUCGCCGUGCUCCCGGCUCCUCCGGCGCUCCACUGCCAUGCCUGCUCAGCUGAUGCAGGCCCCACGUGGGAUGCAGCCCCCAACCAUGAGGACUGGCUGGACCCCCUGGGGCUGAAGCAGUGCUUCUUACACACUGCUAUGGAUCUCAGUAGAAUCAAGAACUUCAUUUUUCCCAGCUAGGAGUACAGGGCAGCAACUCCUUUCCCCUUCCUUUGUAGUGUGGCACAACUCACUUCCUUGCACUUCUGGAAACCCUAAUCCCUGGGGCUGCAUGGGGCUGGAGGCCCCUGCAUUACUUCCAAACCAGCAUUUGUGUCCCCCCACCCAGGGCAGGGGUAUCCUUCACUUUGGGGGCUGCUGGGACAGACUGGGGCAGAGCUGACUUGCUGGGUGCUGGGGUGGGAACCUACUAGCUGAAGGAUAGAAAUGGAUUGCCUUUAGGCUGGGAUGCCAGUGCAAAGGGGGUGUUGUACCUCUUCCUAUAGUGAGUGGGUGGCCCGUGGCGGUGUUGGACAGAGGUGGCAUGUGGGAUGUAGGAUGCUGGGGAUGUAUGUGCAGGGUGGAGAGGCUGAGGCAGUGACCCCAGUCCGAGAGAAGGUUGAAGGAGGGGGGAGCGACUAGUUAUAGCAGUAAAAUUACACUUAGGGGCUGUUAAGCCACUUCUUGAGAGGUGCAAGGGUGACACCAAGGAGGGACCCCAAUAUGGCUGUGCCCCUGGGAAAGGUUGUGCCCCUCUGGGCUUGGUGGGGGUGAGGUGUGGUUAGGGCUGAGCUUCCUUAUCCUGCCUGUGUUGGGUGUUUUGAAUCUGGGGUGCUCUGUGACCCCAUCCAAGACCCCAGCUGUUUGUGUCUGUGAGCAAACAGUGCCUGACUGCUCUCAGAGCGGGGAGAAGGCACCUUGUCUUGCUGACCAGUCGAGCUCAUCAUGCCCCUUCUUUUUACUGUGGAUUUUACACCUGUUUUUCACUCUUUUGUAGAUGCAAAUCUCUUCCAAUAAAAGUAAUUCUUGCUGUGUG